UGGACACGUCGCUGUGCUGCCAGUAGAAGAAGAGGCUGCCAUAUUGCAGUGAUACAGCGAGUUUGCCGGGCUGAAUCCUGAACUCGUCUCUCUCUAACAAAAAAUGAUUUCGUCUCACAGUUUUGGAGACAAUGGGAAGAUGAAAGACUAUCAUUACACCGGUCCGGUGGAGCACCGCUUCUCUCCGUACGCCUUCAACGGAGGGACCGUACUAGCUGUUGCCGGAGAAGACUUUGCCAUCGUAGCCUCAGACACCAGGUUAAGUGAAGGCUACUCCAUCCACAGCCGGGACUCUCCAAAGUGCUACAAGCUGACAGACACAACCGUCAUCGGCUGCAGCGGUUUCCACGGCGACUGCCUGACUCUGACUAAAAUCAUUGAUGCUAGACUAAAGAUGUACAAACACUCGAACAAUAAGUCAAUGACCAGCGGAGCCAUUGCAGCCAUGUUGUCAACCAUCCUGUACGGCAGGCGGUUCUUCCCCUACUACGUCUACAACAUCAUCGGAGGACUGGAUGAAGAGGGCAAGGGAGCAGUCUACAGUUUUGACCCAGUGGGCUCCUACCAGAGAGACACCUACAAGGCCGGAGGAUCAGCAAGUGCCAUGCUACAACCACUGCUAGAUAACCAGAUUGGUUUCAAGAACAUGGAGGGUGUGCAGCACGUUCCUCUGACUAAGGACAAGGCGGUUCAGCUGGUCAAAGACGUGUUCAUCUCAGCCGCAGAGAGAGACGUCUACACCGGAGAUGCUCUUCGGAUCUGCGUCAUCACAAAGGAGGGCAUCAACGAGCAGACCAUAGCACUGAGGAAGGACUGAGGAGGGAAAUGUUUCACUUUCUCUGCCUUGCUUAUUAGUCUGUUCUUUCCGUAUUCACUCUGUUGGUUUGACCCCUUUACAUCACGUUUCCUAAAAUAGGAGUGUUGAUUCAGAAGUUGCUUUACUGGAGAGCUGAAAUUCCAUUUU